AUGCCAAAAGAUAAAGUUCAUGUAAAUUUAGUAGUUAUUGGACAUGUUGAUUCAGGAAAGUCAACAACAACAGGACAUCUGAUUUAUAAGUUAGGUGGAAUAGAUGAAAGAACUAUAAAGAAAUAUGAAGAAGAUGCCACUAGAAUUGGGAAGGGAUCAUUUAAAUACGCUUGGGUAUUAGAUAAUCUGAAAGAUGAGAGAGAAAGAGGAAUUACAAUAGAUAUUUCACUAUGGAAAUUUGAAACCAAUAAAUAUUACUAUACAGUAAUUGAUGCCCCAGGACACAGAGAUUUUAUAAAGAAUAUGAUAACUGGAACAACCUAAGCAGAUAUCGCUAUGAUAAUGAUUGCAGCAACUGCUGGUGAAUUUGAGGUUGGUAUUUCUCAAAAUGGUUAAACCAAAGAACACAUUUUAUUAGCUUAUACACUUGGAGUUAGAUAAUUGAUUUGUGCUAUAAAUAAGAUGGAUGAGAAAUCAGUCUUGUAUUCUAAAGGAAGAUACGAUGAAAUAGUUAAGGAGAUGUCAAUUUAUUUAAAGAAAGUAGGAUACAAUCCUGACAAUGUUCCAUAUAUUCCUAUUUCUGGAUGGAAUGGAGACAAUAUGUUAGAGAAGUCAAUCAAUUUACAAUGGUAUAAUGGGCCAACUCUUCUGGAGGCUUUGGAUGCAGUAACACCUCCAAAGAGACCCACAGAAAAGCCACUUAGACUUCCAUUACAAGAUGUAUAUAAAAUAGGUGGUAUUGGAACUGUUCCAGUGGGAAGAGUAGAAACUGGAGUGUUGACAAGAGGAAUGGUAAUCUAAUUUGCUCCCUCAGGAAUAGCAUCAGAAGUGAAAUCCAUAGAAAUGCAUCACUAAGAUCACCCAGAAGCCAUACCAGGAGACAAUGUAGGUUUUAAUGUCAAAGGUGUAUCAGUAAAAGAUUUAUAAAGAGGAUAUGUUGCUUCUGAUUCUAAAAAUGAUCCAGCAAAAGAAUCUACUUCAUUUAAUGCUCAAGUGAUAAUAAUCAAUCAUCCUGGUUAAAUUUAAAAUGGAUAUUGUCCAGUUUUAGAUUGUCAUACAGCUCAUGUUGCAUGUAAGUUCGAUUAGAUAAUAUCUAAAAUUGAUAAAAGAUCAGCUAAAGUAAUUGAAGAAAAUCCUAAAUUUAUUAAAUCUGGAGAUUCUGCAAUUGUUAAAUUAAUACCAACCAAACCAAUUUGUGUUGAAGCCUUUUCUGAAUAUCCACCUCUUGGUAGAUUUGCAGUAAGAGACAUGAAACAAACUGUUGCAGUUGGAGUAAUUAAAUCUGUUGAAAAAAAAGAAAAUAAAAAAAAAUGA